AUGGCGGCUACCGCGAUGGGCGGAGCUAGUGUCGUGGGGGCGCCGAAGUUCUUUGCCGCGGGCUCCAGGAGGACGGUGCGCGGCACCUCCGCGCUGCGCGCCGCGACUCGCCCCGCGGCCGCGAGGCGGUCCAUCGCGACCGUCACCCGCGCGCAGGCCGGCCAGACCGCCGAAGGCGAUCGCAUCGUCGAUGUCUCCCAGAUCGUCGUGCCCGAGGAGCUCGUCGGCAUCCGCGCGUACGUGCGCUGGGAAGAGGCCGGCAUGCCCGAGGACACGCCCCCCGAGUGGCAAGCCGCCGAGUACGCCAAGGCCAGGCUGGACCUCCAGCUCGAGGUUCUCAACGGCGUCACCCUCAACGACAUACGCCGCAGGUACAACCAGGAGACCGUCGACGGCGACGACGAGCCCAUCUUUUCCCGCGGCGACGCGAACGUCAUGCUCGACGACGCCGCGGGCAAGUUUACCGGCGCGACGUCCAACGUCGUACCGAUGGAGACCCGGCCGACCCCUCUCGACGACUUCGCGCCCACCAUCGACAUCCCCGGCGGCGGCAAGAAGCAGAAAGUGGCGAUCGAGCCCGAGGAGUGGAUCGAGCCCCCGCCCGAGCAGGUUGGCGAGUACCACUCCGACGCCUACGUGCACCGCGAUCUUAGGUCCAUCGUCUCCCACCGCGCGGGGGGCGACGAGGUUACCGCGCCCAAGUACAGCGCCAAGACGUUCAUGUCCAGGUGGGCCAGCUUCGACUCGCCGAACACCCUGGUGAACCAGCGCCUGUACACCCUCGGCGACGAUUCCGAGAUGCUCGUGCAGAUGUACCAGGAUGUCGCGGAGGAUGAGUCCGCCUCGAGCGGCCCGAGGAAGAGGGUCGUGAGCCGCAGCGUGGUCAUCACCACCGACUCGCAGGAAGACCUCGUGCUGCACUGGGGCGUCGCCAAGGACGAGCCCGGCCAGUGGCUCCUACCCGAGACCACAGUUUGGCCCGGAAAGACCACCGCCGUGAGCGACAUGAGCGUCGAGACGCCGUUUGUGUCGGGCCAGGGCUGCCUCCCCGCCGAGGCUUUCGACAAGGACGAGGUCGAACCCGGCGAGGAGGACCUGUGCUACCCGAUCCAGCAGCUCACCAUCGAGCUCCCGGGCGAGGGCGCCGACGAGCUCAUGGGUCUGCAGUUCGUGAUCAGGAACAAGGAGGGCACGAGCUGGUUCAGGGAUGAGAAGAACGGCAACUCCAAUUUCCACGCCAACUACGCCACCACCCAGCAUUCCAAGGCUGCGGACGAGCUCCUCGAGACCAUCAUCCGAUCCGAGGCUGGCAACGGCUGGUGGACUCUGAUGCACCGCUUCAACCUCGCGUCCACCAUGCUCGAGCAGAAGUGCGCGCCCGGGGCGUCCGAGAAGUCCAUCGCCAAGGCUGUCGCCGCGGCGGCCAAGAUUUACGUCUGGCUCAGGUACUCCUCCAACCGAAAGCUCACCUGGCAGCGCAACUACAACGUCAAGCCCCGCGAGCUGAGCGCCGCGCAGUCCAAGCUGACCAAGACGAUCGCCAAGCUCUUCUGCGACGCGCCCCACCUGAGGGACGUCACCAGGCUCAUGCUUGGCACCGUCGGCAAGGGUGGCGAGGGCGGCCAGGGUCAGCAAAUUCGCGAUGAGAUUCUCAACAUCAUGCACCGCAACGACAUCAAGGAGAAGAAGGGCAUCUGGAUGGAGGAAUGGCACCAGAAGCUCCACAACAACACCACCCCGGACGACAUCAUCAUCUGCGAGGCCUACCUCGCCUUCCUCAAGUCCAACAUGGACAUCUCCGAGUACUGGCGCGUUCUCUCCGAGGGCGGCAUCGACCGCGCUCGCCUCGAAUCUUACGAGCGUCCCAUCCUCGCCGAGCCCACGCCGCGUCCCACCAAGAAAGUGGCGCUCAUCAAGGACUUCCAGAACUAUCUGAAGAUCCUAAAGUCCGUUCACUCCGGCGCGGACCUCAUCGAGUGCAUCAAGACGGCAAACAAGGGUCUCGGCGGCGUCAGCCCCGCGCUCAACUACGCGAGGGUCGCGCAGAACGGCGGCGGCGACGCCAUCCAGCUCCUCGCCGCGUGCGUCGACGCGAGGCACGAGCUCCGCGGCGCGGGUCUCGCCAACCCCUCCGACCAGGAGUGGACUCGCGAGCUCCUCUACCUCGACCUCUCCCUGGACGACGUCGCCAGGCGCGCCGUCGAGCGCUCGGGCGAGGCCAAUUACGGCUUGGAGGACCAGAUGAGGCUCGCGGGUCUCGUCAUGGAGAACCUCGCGCUCUCCCUCCCGACGUCCAACGAGGACAUCGUCCUCGCGCUCAUCGAGUGGCGCAGGGUCGAGGAGGCGCGCCGCGGCGGUGACUCGCAGUGGGCCCUUCGCGCCAAGGCUGUGGUGGACCGAGUCCGCCUCGCCGUCGCCCUGCACGCGGAUGACGUCGCGGCCAAGAUGCAGCCGGCGGCGACCGAGAUUGGCGUCGCGUGCGGCAUCGAGCACUGGGCGGUGGACCUCUUCGCCGAGGAGGUGAUCCGCGGCGGGCCGGCGUUCGCGCUCUCGCUGGUUCUCUCGCGACUCGACCCGCUGCUCCGAGCCGAGGCGGAUAUGGGCGCGUGGCAAAUCAUCUCGCCCGUCCCGGCGGUUGGCUACGUCAAGCACGUGCACUCGCUCAGGGAGGUGAUGAACGAGACGUUCACCAGGCCCACCGUGCUGGUGGCCGAUAAGGUUGGCGGCGACGAGGAGAUCCCCGCGGGCUCCGUCGCCGUGCUCACGACGUGCUCCGUGGACGUCCUCUCGCACUCGGCGGUUCGCGCCAGGAACAUGGGCUGCCUCUUUGCCACCUGCUACGACGAGGCGGUGCUCGACAGCCUCGCCGCGCUCGACGGCGAGCCCGUGUCCGCCUCCGUCAUGGGCGGCGACGAGGUCGUCUGGGAGGAGGUGGACGCGUCCGCGGUGGCAUUGGGCGCGGGCGCCGGCGAUGUCUCUAGCGUGCCCAAGGGCCUCAAGCUCGCCAAGAUUCCCUUCUGCGGCAAGUUCACCGUCCCGCUCCAGGAGUUCAAGAAGGGCGUCGUGGGUGCCAAGGCUAUCAACACCCUCGCGCUCAACGAGAGCCUCGGCGGCGGUAAGAUCCCAGCCUGGAUUAACCUCCCCAAGUCCAUGGUCAUCCCCUUUGGGACCAUGGAAUACGUUCUCGACGACGCCGUCAACGCCAGCGUCAAAACUGAGCUCGCGUCGCUCGUGGCGGCCAUCGACGACUCCUCCGAGACGGCGCUGGAGCGUUCCCUCGCCGCGUGCCGCGCGUGCGUCAAGCACAUCGCCGCGCCCGCGGGCAUGCUCGAUGAGAUCGAGGCUGCGAUGGUGGCCGCCGGCAUCCCCGCCCCCGAGGACGAGGAUCGCUGGGCCAAGGCGUGGAGCGCUCUGACGGAUGUGUGGGCGUCCAAGUGGAACGAUCGCGCUUUUGUGUCGCUGCGCAACGUGGGCAUCGACCACGACGACCUGCGCAUGAGCGUCCUCGUGCAGCCCGUCGUCGACGCCGACUACGCGUUCGUCAUUCACACCGUCAACCCGUCCUCCAAGGACCAGACUGAGCUCUACGCCGAGGUUGUGAUGGGCCUUGGCGAGGCGCUCGUGGGCAACUAUCCGGGCCGCGCUCUGUCCUUCUCCGUCAAGAAGACUUCGGGCGAGACCCCGCGGGUUCUGGGCUUCCCCAGCAAGAGCGUGAUGCUUAAGAUCCCCAGGCAGACGCUCAUCUUCAGGUCUGACUCCAACGGCGAGGAUCUGGAGGGGUACGCUGGCGCGGGCCUGUACGAGUCGGUGCCCAUGGACGAGGAGGAGACCAUCCACGCGGAUUACGCCACCGAUCCCCUGGUUUGGGACGAGGGUUUCAGGACCGAGCUCCUGUCCAAGAUUGCCGAGGCUGGCGUGGCGAUCGAGGCGGCGCUGGACGGCCAGCCGCAAGACAUCGAAGGCGUCGUCAAGGAUGGGGAGAUUUACGUGGUGCAGACCCGGCCGCAGGUGUGAGUGAAAAAUCUCGCGAAGCAGCCCCGCGCGUCUGCCCGGAUCCUUCUGUCAUUAUUAUUCUUGUUUGGAACGCCCACCCGUAGGGGUUGGGCAACGCUCGCUCCCUGUUUGUUUAAAGUAAGUAAUAUCAACGUUAGAUAAAAGAACGACUACGCC